AUGGUGAUGACUAAUAAGACACAACAUGUGUAUCCAUUUCAUUGGGACGUCGUCACACGUGCCUUUUGGAACAAGUAUCCGAACAAGAGUCUCGCGCACGUGGAGCGUGUGGAUGUUUUGGACCGAUUUUUGGACGAUCAUGGCCGUCUAGUGACUACGCGGUUAGCGAAGGUGACACAAAUGAAUGUCCCUGGCUGGGUGCGCUCUGCUCUUGGGGACUCUACUUAUGUCUUUGAAGAAACGUUAUGCGAUCCGCAGCGCAAGGAACUGGUGCUUAAGUCUACAAAUCUUUCAUUGCGAUCCGUUGCUAUUGUUGAGGAGACGUGUGUGUACUCAGUAUACCAGCACGACGCACAAAAGACUUUGUAUGAAGCCGAGGCAAAAGUCACAGCCUUUGUGCCUUUUUUAAGCAAGCAACUUGAGAAAUUCUCAAUAAACCGUGGUGCUGAUACGGCAGCCAAAGGUAUUCGAGCAGUUGAGGAGAUCUGCAAUGAUAUUUUUCAGGGCACAUUCCAACCAGCUUGUUGCGAUAUUGCAAACGCGGCUAAGGAUUCAAGUACAGUCAAUGGCUAA